GAAAGGGGGGGUGAGAGAGGAAAAAAACCUCGCGAGAGUUGGGCGGUUUUGCCGGUGUGACGCGCUCGAAAUAAUUUGAAAAUGGCCGCCGCGCCGAGCGCUGGAGAGAGGCUUGACGAGAAACCUGAAGAGCACGAGCAGGCCGGGCAGCGGGAGAAGGUGGUGAAGGUGAAGAAGCACAAGGUGAAGAAGGAUGAGCGGGACGAGGAGAGGCGCGGGGAAGCCCAGACGACGGAAGCGCCAGUCCCCGAGCCGGCAGACGGCGCCAAAGUCGAGACGGCGGAGCAAGAGGGGGCUGUGGCGGCCACCCCUUCCACCCCGAAGCCCCGGCGUUCCCUGAUUCGAGACCGGGGGCCCCUAUAUGACGACCCCACGCUUCCCGAGGGCUGGACGCGCAAACUGAAGCAGCGGAAGUCGGGUCGGUCGGCAGGGAAGUACGACGUCUACAUUAUAAACCCGCAAGGCAAAGCCUUCCGUUCCAAAGUGGAGCUCCUGGCGCACUUCGAAAAGGUCGGCGACACCACCCUUGACCCUAGCGACUUUGACUUCACGGUCACGGGCCGAGGAAGCCCCUCGAGGAGAGAGAAGAAGCCACCCAAAAAGCCAAAGACCCCCAAGUCACCUGGCACUGGCAGGGGACGGGGCCGGCCCAAAGGUAGUGGCAAGGAUAAGAUGGUGCGGAAGAGCGGCCCGUCAAAGAGGCUGUCAGAAAAGAGCGCGGCCAAGCUCCUGGUUAAGAUGCCCUUCGCAGCCCCCCUGCUGCAGAAAGCUGAGGGAGGCACGUCUUCCAUGGAGCAGCAUCCGAAAGUGCGCAAGGGGGUACCCGGUAGGAAGAGGAAGUCUGACAGCGACCCCCAGGUGGUUCCCAAGAAGAGGGGCCGGAAGCCGGGAGGAGGGGGCGGCGGGGGGGCGGCUGUGGCAAAGAAGAAGGCAGUCAAGGAGGUGUCUGCUAAGCCCGAGGAGGUGGCCGUCCUGCCCAUCAAGAAGCGAAACCUAGGGGAGGAGAGCUCUCCCCUGAAGAAGCGGAAGAGCACGCGCAUCUUCGAGGAGGACACCGGCACACCAGUGGUGGGGAGCUCGCUGGCGAGGGAGGGCAGCGAGGCGGAAGAGCUGGCUGGUGCUGGGAAGGGACAGAAAGGCGCCAAGAGCGCGGCGCCUAAGGCACGAGAAGGCAGCCCCAAAGCCCGGAGCCUCAAGAAGGAGUGUCCGCCACUGACCGAGGCCCCAAAGGAAUUGGCGUCCCCGGAGGCAGAGAGCUCCAAGGACGGCAGCAGCCCCUCGGAACGCAAAGACUUGAGCGGCCGGGCGUGCGGCGAGGAGAAGCCGCUGCGCGCCCGACCCGAGGCCGACCUGCUGCCGAAGGAGCCCCCAAAGACUGAGCUCGCGGAGAAGAGCAAACUGAGAGGCGAGGGUGAGCAGCGGGGAGUCAUCUCGGCCGUCCCCAGGCCGGCCAGGGAGGAGGCGGCCGACGCCCGGGCGACUGUUUCCGAGAGAGUGAGCUGACUUUCGCAGGAAGAAGGAAACAAUGACGACAACAACAAAAAAAGAAAUGGACGAGGCAGCUGUUGUGUCUUUUUCUCAUUGUGAGUAGGGCUCUGAACGAAGGCUUUCCAGACCAGUUGAUGCUGAACCUCGAAGCUUAUAUGGGGCAAGAUUUAAUUUCUAAUUUCCUCUUUGAAGUGUUUGCAUCUGUUAGGUGGUCAAGUGUUCAGUCUGUCUUUUGUGUUUUGUUCAGACCUUGGUUUAAAAAAAGAUAAGCGAGAGGUCGACCUGCGCCCCCAGCCUCCCUCCCUCUUCUUUUCCCUCCCUCCUCCAUGUCCUUCCCCUCUCUCCUUCCUCCUCCCCUCCUACCUCACCCUUCUUCCUGCCUGCAGAGAGUGGGAUGGGGGGAUGGAGGGAAGAAGGAAGAAGAAGGAGGUUUAUAUAAAAAAAAAAGUUACCGUGCCUUCUGUGUGUGGCUCGCGAGCUUGUCUCGUGUUGGGGUGCCCCUUGGGCUUAAAGUCGGUGGGUCUUGAAGCUUCUCGGCCUCACUUCUGUCUUGACGCUGGACUUGUUUUGGGAGUGGGGAGGGGUGGGGUCGCGAUGAGUGGACGUGAGUACCGGAGGCAGGGUGGUGUGGGCUCCACCGGUGCCUCAACCCUCACGUUACACUGACCUCUUCCUCCCAGUCAGCAGCCCGUUGGGUCCUCAACCCUCCUCUCCCGGUCAGUCCCUCAUUGGGUUGUGUUGCAGAAUUUGCAGGGCUGGGGCUGGUGUGGUGGCAGGAGAGGGGAGAUUGUCCCCCACCAUCCCCUCCAACCCCUGGUACCAGCGGAGUUGGGGGGAGUCCGCGGUGGGGCAGGCGUCAGCAAGGCGGAGCUCUGCACCUCACCCCACCCAGUGGUGCAGGAGGGGUGAGCGCAAGUGUGCUGCCCGCGUCCAGGUGGACCAACAUGGCCUCGCCAGCCACCGGCGGGGUAGGAAGUGUGACCGGGACACAGUUCAAGGAGGCUUCUGAGUGGGCACCUUCUGAAUGGUGCGGGUGGGGAGGGGGGAGUGAGUGGAUGCUUUUGGGGUAGGGGGGAAAGGUACGAUCUUCUGAAAGAAAUCCCUCUUUUGCGUGCAGUGAGUUCGGGGUAGACAGUUGUGCAGCAAGCUUACGGCACACCAUGGCCCCACCCCUCUCCCCACCUCCAGGUACUCCUGAGCACCCCCCCCCCAAAAAAACUGGGAGCUGCAGAGCGAGUGACCCCUGCGGAUUUCCGUGUGCACGUGUAUAAUCUUCUAAACCAUAUGCACGAGAGAACACACCCUCACUCCGGAGGCACGACUUGGGAGCCCUGAGACUGGAGGCUUUACCCUAGUCAGUCGAAAGGGACCGAGACCUUCCCCCACCCCUUCCGCACCUGCAACCACGCACAGAGCACUCCACAGGCAGACGCCCCUGCCCACUCUUCUCCGUUGCCUUGCUGCACCUCUGUCUGCUCCAGAAGUCGUCUUCGCUUUGCCUCUUUUUUUGGGUGGGUGGGGGGGGAGGUGGGAGAUGAAUCGAGGGAGGGAGGUUUUAUACAAAAUAAAGUCGUCAUCUCCGAAAAGAAAUACUGACCAACUUUAUCUUUAGAUAGGACUAAAUAGUUCAAUGGAUUGGUAGUUGUUUUGGUAUUGUGCGUCGUGAGAGAGAAAGGAACACGUACUCCCACUGCGCUACGUUGAAGGGUUGCCAACACUUUGAGAUGGUGGUUGUAUCUCAGUAGCAGUCCUGCCAGCCUGCUCUUCACAUCCCAUAGAGUGGUCAUGUCUGCUGGACCGGAAAUCUUCCUGCCUGCACUGUUGACUAGAGCUUCUCACUGUACUGUAGGAUGUUCUUCAUAUAGUGAUAUUAUUUAUAUAUUGGAGAGUUUUGAUUGGCUCUGUCUUUUCCUUUCAAGCACCAAUCAAGCUACCUAAAAUAUACUGACAUCCCCCCCCCCCCACCCCUGCUCCCCUUUAGAACAGAUGCUUUUGAACUCUGCAGUACUGCCCAGUCUUGCGAUCUGGCCUUUCGGUGACCUGCAGGGUGGCUGCUGAGGGCACACUCUCCAUCUGUGUCCGUUGGUUUCAGCUGCAGCCAGCUUUGUGUCUUGCGUGACGGAUACUACUUCCUGUAACGUACUGAUGCCCCUCUUUCCCGCACCUCGCCUCCUUAGCAGAAGAGACAGCUCGAGGUCAGACUGGUGUUUGUACAAACCCCUGUGCCAAAACAUGGUCCUGUUGGCACAGGCACUGUGAAAGUAUGGUCCCUUUAGUGGCCUACGCACUGAUAAUAGAAAGCUCUUAGUGAUGUAUCUCAGCCAGUGCUCUCCUUCACUGAUUGGAACAUUUGCAGCCAGAAAUCCAAUACGGUGUCCACCCUACAGAUGUGCCUGCCAUAGACACUGGCGCGUGUUUCAAUAUCUCUGUGUGUCCGCAUUCCUCUUCACCCUCCUCCACCCUGGGCCAAGUGCAUUCAGAGUGGAAUUACCCCAGGAUGAGCCGGCAUCCAAAGUCCCUGACUAAAUCCCUUGCGGCUGCACCAGUCACAAUAAUGGGUCAUUGUAGAUCAACCCAGUGGGCAGCCUGCCCAGAUGAUGGAGAGCUCACCUCCCCACAUGCUGGAUCCAUGUGCGCAGAGAUCAUUUAGUACUGUGUUGUGUGUCAGAUUACAGUGGGGUCGCGAUGUUGCCUCUUAUUAAGUCUCCCUCAGGUUAGUCGGCCAGUCUUGAAUUCCAAAUUUGCUAUUGUCCAUAAAAAUAAAUGCUGGUAUGAGGUAACUAGCUGACAAGUUGGGGUUUGAACUGACUCUGUUCCCCUAAGGGUAAGUAAUUCAGGGAGGAAUUAGAUGGGAGGGAUGGUGGCCACACACACACACACACACACACACACACACACACACACGUGAAUGUGGCUCUUUUUCCAAUUAACGCCCCAAAAAGAUUUCAUCAAACCAUCUUUCUCGCCCUCGGAAGCUGCCUCCAUUCAUUGUGCAGGCGCAGAUUCUGCGGCUGAGGUAUCCCACACUGCGGAUCACCAUCACUGUUCUUCCACUUUGGUGCCCCAUGAAACACAAUGUCCCAAGCGUCCUAGCAUUCCCCCCCCCCCCCAACCAGCUACAGAUGGUCAGUCCUUUUGUUCAGUUCUUUCAUUCCUUAAUAAGCACCAAAUGGCACCCAUAGGUGCUUUGCAUCGGACUGGUCAGCCCCUCCCUGAGUUUCAAACCUCUCGGAAAUGCAAUAACUGACCAGUCACUAGACUUUGGCCUCCCACUGGUGUCUGUCUUGCCACACGCUGGCUGCAAGUGUCUCUUUGAAGGGGGAAUGUCCCCAAGGGGAGUGCUGCCAAACCACGCCCCCUCCCAAAUGUCUGGGUUUGAUUUUCUGUGCAGCAGUCUCUCUGGGAAGCUCCAUGUAAUGUUUGCCCUGCGUAGUCCUAGUCCUUGUGAAGAUUUUGGCGUUUUGCUUGCUCGGGGAGGAGAAGUAAUGCUCCCUCAUCCUGCCCUCCCUCUCCUCCAGCUCCUUGUAGGCUCCCGCAUUACACAAACGGUGAGGAUUAGGAGGCGGGUGGGGGGGUGGUGAAAUGAGCAGAGUGCCGGAGGGGUAGGUGUUUGCAAAUCAAUUGCUGAAGUUUAAAGUGACAGUAUUGUAUUGUCCUGUGCGUGGAUGUACUGAAAUGUGUUGUUGGAUUGACGUAAUUUGAAUUUAAUCUCGGACAAGCCACGGGGUGCCCGAGUGAAUUUGGGUGGCGCUUUUUGUCUCCAGUCGAGGUAUUGAAGGUUUUUGCCCGCAGUGUUAACUUGAAUGUUAUCAUUAAUGAUUUAUGAUGAUUUUUAACCAUUCCCUGCAUAAGCGUUCUUCAGAAUCCAUGUCACACAGUCCUCUGGCAUACGCCCUUUUUGUUUGUUUUUCCCAGAGUUAGAGACCCGUAUCAACAGCUUUUGUGUCAGUAGGUUAUUCAUUGUUGUCGUGGGGAAGAAUUGCACUUGCACUGAUGUUCAGCUUGGGCAGUUCCCAGAAACCGCAUGGACCUGUGUACCGACCACUGCUCCCUGCUCCCCAAACCCGUGUCCACGUUGCACGAAGAAGAACGUGAGAGACGCGGGCUGCUGCAGAUACCAGUUGUUGAUUUGUACCGAGGUCCUGUGGGCAGGGGUGGUGGUGGGGAAACUCCAGAAAUGUGGCCAGCUGACUUCAUAGGCGUUCCCCCAAGCCCAAGUCAGUAACUCUGGUGCUCCUGGCCGCCCACCCUCCUCACAGAAUCUGGAGGUGGCAGUCUUUACCCUUCGUAAAUUCUGCCACCAAUUCAGGUUGUUUUCACCUCUUCCUUGGUGUGAGUCUGGGGCGCUCACUGUGAAAGGCAGAGGACAAUGCUAGACACAAAGUCCAUCUGGAAUAAUCGUUCUGGGUUUGCGAAGGCAUAAGGCCAGGAAAUUCAUUGAGAUCGGACUCAGUGCACAUGAGAAUGCGAGUGUGGUGUAGUGGGAGCACAUUGGGGCUACAGCAGCCCUUGGUUUGAUUCCUUUGUUACCAUUCUGCGGUGGUUUCGGGUAGGCUCGUCCCCACAGCUGUUCAGUCUGUGUGGGUGAGUGAUUCCUCAGUACGAUCAGUGUAACUACCCGGCACUGGUCCUCUGCUGACCUGGUCACACAGUUCUGCCUUCGACUCGCUGCGCUCAGGGCUCCUGCUCGGGACUUAACCUACAGAAUCACACAGAAGACAGCCACGGCCUGCUUCUGCUUUGCAGAGGGUGGGAAGAUCCCCUUUGUAAAGAGGGCUCGGUGCCUCUUUCUUGGCAUGCCCUCUGCUCACCCUCUCUGUCCAACUUUCUUGUGCCUAGCUGGUCCCUGCCAGCCUAGCCUCCCAGUGAACGGGAUCUUGCCUUGGGAACCUAGCUCCAUUUGGGGAGUGAACCAGGUUGUGAUUUGGUGUCAUGGAGCAUCAAGCAAGUUCCUCGAUGUCUGGAAGCAAUCCAGAAGUUGGAGGAAAGGCGACUGUCUGUUUGUGGUGGAGGGGAGGUGCCCAGUACACUCCAAGUUUUCUGAGAUAACUUUAACCUCCCAGGUUCCCUCUCCCUUCAGUGACCAGUACACUGGCGGUCUGUAGACUGAUAGUCCGCCAGGCUUUAAGUUCAGCAACUUCUCUCCUCCGGUUCUUAAGUCUUUUCCUCAAAAAAGAGUGCAGACCCACUCAGUGUUUCCACACUUCCCCUGGAAGGAUGUCUUGCUUUACUUGCCAUGGUUUGACAGCUCCUCCUGGCAGCCAAACAUAGGGGCGCCAGACAGGGGCUGAGGUCCCACCAAAAUCCCGUUGUAGUCGGCACACUCCCUCCACGACGUCUUUCUUGUGUGUGUGUGCGUGUGUGUGUGUGUGUGCGCGCGCGCGGGUGCGUGUUUCGUCAGUGCCGAGAAUUUUCUUGUUAGAACCAAUAGCCAAUACCGCCUAGGUUUAACCUGUGACUUUUAUUCUUUAGGAUAAUGCUUUUUUUUUUGUUUUGUUUUUGCACGGAAAUAGAGAAACAAGUUUAUAUUUUUUUUAAAAAAAGAGAAAAAAAAUCAUAAUUGUAAAACUGUUCUGCUUGUGAAUUCACCAAAACCUCUUUCAGUAAAGAAAAUAAUAUAUGCAUACAUAUAUAUAAAAAUAUAUAUAUCUAUAAAUAAAAUCGUGGCUUUUACAGUGUUCACAUUUACCAUCACAUAGGUAACUCGGUUGGUGUGCUUAUGUUUUUAUUUUUUAAUGACUCCGAUUUAAAGAGAAAAGAAAUAAAUUAACUAGCUUCCCUCUGCCUCUUUUGGCCUAUGUCUGACCAGAAGCACAUUGAGAUACGUGAACUUUAAUCCAGCUGUGUUCUCGGCCACAGACCUGUGUUUUGUAAUUUAAAAAGAGAAAAAAUGCCUAUCUUUAACAAAAAAAAAGAAACAGCGUGUGACCAUAGCGGGACAUCAGGGAGGAGGAAUCGCGAUUGGGGAGGGCUGGCAUGUUGUUACCUGGGCGCAAAAUAGAAGAGGCGAGUAAGCGCUUCCGUAUUUCAAUACCUGUGGCUGGUUUCCAGCUCAGUGCGUGUGAUUGAACUUUUUUUUAAAAAUAGAUAAUCCAUUUGUCCGGUGAAGAUUGACCGGAUGGGGGACCACUUGGUUUAUAUUUUUUAUCUUUUAGUAAUAUAUAGAGCUUCCUAUAGAAUAUAAACAUAUAGUUUCCUAUAGAAUAUAUCUGUAUAGUUACAUAAUAGAUUCUAGCUCAGUGCUUCCUUUCGUCUAUAUAUUAUAAUUACCGUGACUAUGAAUCCUAUCCUGUAGCUUGUGACUGGUUGGAGCAGUACUAGGCUGUCUUCUUUGUAACUGCACAUACAGUGCUGAAGUGUUUGUUCUAACUGUACGGAGCCCCAUUUCUCAGGCAGGGCACACAGCGCUCAGAGUUAUUACUGGGCUCCCUGUUUGCCGGACAGGGCACACAGCGCUCAGAGUAAUUACUGGGCUCCCUGUUUGUCCGCCAGGGCGUGCGCCAGAGUGGUUAUGGAACCCUCUGUUUGCCCGACAGGAGAUGCACUUCUCAGAGUAAUUACAAAGCUCUCGUUAGUCUGGCAGUGCACACACCGCUCAGAGUAAUUACAGAGUCCCCUGUUUGUUCAGUGAGGUGAACUCUCUGUGCCAAAUUCUUCCUUGGGGUUGUGGGGGUUAAGGAUCAUGUGUUUUGAUGUUGUCUUUGCUCACCGGUGGGUGGCAAGGGAGAAGGGUGAAGUUAAUCUGUGGUGAGAUGGCGUGGAGCUCACGGCUCCUCCAGCAAGACGUAAGGAUUGCUCGCUGUCAUAAAAGUUAUUGGGGGUGGGUGGGGGUGUUUCAGGGUGAGGGGAUGGUAAAUGAAUAUCACUGUGUGUCAGAUUUUGUACUCCUCGUCAGGCUGACUGGGUGACCUAGCCAGCCUCUUGUUUAACCUACCAAGUGACUCUUUCAGUAUGGCUUCCAUGACUCAUAGCACGUACGAUGAACUAAUGUGGUCUCCCAUCACUGUCAAAAAAACAAAAUCGCAAAUAAAAACUUCCAAGUCCUUUGAUUUUAACCACUUGUGAGAGUUUUACUUGGGCAGUGACGUCUUCUCACAGUCCGUCAAGCUUCCAAGCUCCGCCUGGUGAGAGAUUACCCCCUCACCCACCCUCUCCAUGGGUUGGUCUCCACCCUUUGGGGGCAGGGACGCAGGGUAGAACAAAACACGGGUUUUGGUGGAGGGGAGGGAGUGCGAUGAAGCUUGCAACAGGAGUGGGAGAGGUGGCGAGUGAGAGCCUGGCUGGGGCCUCCGUGUCUCCCUGAGUCCUUGCUCCUGCCUCACAGGCAAGUGGCUCGCUCCAUCUCUCUGGGAACCAGACUGGAGGGUUGGGGUGGUGGGAGUUGGGAAUGACCCGCAGGGACCUUCCAUUGCUUAGCAAAUGGCUUCAAAACCCCCACCCACCACUCCCAUUCCCCUCCCUCCCCACGCUGUCACCCAUACAUACCCAGGGCUUGAUGUUCCUUCCCCUCCUGCCCCAUCACUACAAGAUGACAUGCACAGCUCAUGCAACUCAGGCUGGUGAGGUGAUGGUUUGCGAAUGCUCGCUGUUGUAUUCUCUCUCUGUGUGUGUAUGCCUGUAUUUUCUUUUUUUGUAGUCAGAUUUAUAGAUUUAUAUUUAUAUUUUUAAAGUUAUUAGCACCAUACAUAGUGUAGUGGGGGGUGGGGGUUGUUUAAUGUUGCUUGUGACUAGGCAGGAGGAUAGGUGACUGAAACUAAUCCCAAUGAUUCCUACUGUCAAAGAACAUGCUCUGUUGAAACCCGCUGUUGACCUGUUCACUUUACCCUGCUCUGUCUUCCCGCUGUGCCACUGCCCCUCCACCCCACGAAGACCCCGUUGUUGCCCAGCCCCCAGGCUCGUAGAAGUGCCACUAACAGGAAAAGGCAGAUGGCAAGAUCGCGAAACCAUCUCCUAGAAUCCCAGCCCCUUUGGAAGCUGGAGGUCUUGACUGGUUGCUCCAUCCCCUGCCCCCACCCCCCGGCCAUCAUGCUGCUUUUCCCCUGCUCCUUCACCCUCACCCCAGCCCUUCCCCGUCACACUCCUAAAGCCCCCUGACGAGGCCAUGUCUUCAGUACAGUAAGUUAAGGAUGAUAGAUAAAGUUAGUCUAUCAGGGAGUGGGAACAGUAGUAAAGACGAGAGAGGAGUGACAGGCCCAGAGUGGGAGGACAGGACUUGCUCUCGGGUGAAGCCACCAGCUCACUCACUGCAUCUGAACUCCAUAGAAGGGCAUCCAAACCAGCUGAGCCUUUGGCACUCCGGGGCGGGCAUUUGACAAUCGCAAUGUUCAGAACACCAUAAACCCCGCAGAGAAGCAGCCACGUCGGCAGAUGCCCAUCAUUUGUUGAGAAGGUGUCAGAUGUACAGCAGGAAUGCAGUGUAUGUGUGUGUGGGAGAGAGACAGACACACAGUGUUCCGCUGUAUGUGUGAGAGAGUGUUCCGCUGUGUGUGUGAGAGUUCUGCUAUGUGAGACACAGAUGGAGUUCCACUGUCUGUGUGAGAGACAGUGUUCUGCUGUGUGUAUGUGUGUGAGAGAGCUAUGGUGUUCCACUGUGGGAGAGAGAGACUGUUCCGCUGUGUGUGUGAAAAAGAAAGAGACUGUUCCACUGUGUGGGAGAGAGAGAUAGUGUUCCAUUCUGUGUGUGUGUGGCGGGGAGGGGGCGGGGGACAGUGUUCCACUGUGUGAGGCGAAGAGAGACAAAGAAUGUUCCGCUUUGUGUGAGAGAAAGAGAGACAGAGACAGUGUUCCACUGUGUGUGAGAGAGAUUGUGUUCCACUCUGUGUGUGUGUAUGUGUGAGAGAGAGACUGUUCCACUGUGUGAUAGAGUGACUGUGUGUGUCAGAGAGAGACUGUGAUGCACUGUGUGUGUGUGUGUGUGAGAGAGGGAGAGAGUGUUCUGCUCUGUGUGUGUGUGUGAGAGAGAGACUGUUCCACUGUAUAUGUGUCUCAGAGAGAGACUGUGUUCCACUGUGUGUGACUGUCUUCCAAAGUGUGUGAGAAAGAGACUGUUCCACUGUGCAUGUGUGUGUGUGAGAGAGAGAGAGAGACUGUUCCACUGUGUGCCUGUGAGAGUGACUGUGUUCUAAUGUGUGUGAGGAAGCGAUUGUCUUCCACUGUGUGUGAGAGAGAGACUGUGUUCCACUAUGUGUGAGAGACUGUAUUCCACUGUGUGUGUGUGUGUGUGUGAGAGAGAGAGACUGUUCCAGUGUGUGAGUGUGAGAGAGAGUUCUGCUCUGUGUGUGUGUGAGAGAGAGAAUGUUCCAUUCUGUGUGUGUGUGUGUGAGAGAGAGAGAGAUUGUUCCGCUCUGUGUGUGUGUGUGAGAGAGAGAGAGAGAGAGAGAGAUUGUUCCGCUCUAUGUGUGUGAGAGAGUGUUCCACUCUGUGUGGGUGAGAGAGUGUUCCACUGUGUGAGUGUGAGAGAGAGUGUUCUGCUCUGUGUGCGUGUCUGAGUUUGUGUGAGAGAUGCUGUUCCUCUGUGUGUGUGUGUGUGUGUGUCUGUCUGUCACUGUGUACAGGUGUCUGUGUGUGAGGGUGAUGCUGUUCUGUGCAUGUCUGGUUUAACCCUUGGUUAUGUUGGAAGCUAAGUUCAGCCUUGUUUGAUUCGGGGCAGACAGGCAGAGAUGCUGGUAGGGUGAGUGGUGUUGGCAAGUGUCAUGCAGUGGGCAUUUGCCCUAGCUUGGCAUGAUCACUUGUUACCUGAUAGAACUCAGGCAGAGGAAGCUAGUUUGGGAAUCCUACAUUUGGAAGACAUGGUUCCUACCCAGGACACUCCAAUCCUGCACUUGCCAAACCUUGCCCCCACCCCCACCCUGCUGUAUCACCUCCACCCCUUCCAGGGCCCCAAAAGUGGCCACGUUUGAAAGGCGGGAAUGAGCCAGUACACUCAGUACAGUGCCCGUCCCACUGACCAGUUGCUUCACCUCGCAUCCCCCAACUCCAGCCUGGGCAUUCCCUGCUCUUCUCUCGAGGAAGCUGUUGGCAGUGGUGGUUAUGCUGGAGGAAGUAUGCCCUCCUGCUCCGCUGCUCUGCAAAGCAGGAAGCUAGAUACUCCUCUCAGAGAGGGAGGAAAUGCAGGGAUAACGGGGGACCACGAGAGUGGGACUGGGGAGUUGGAGGAAAUUAAGUGGGGAUAGAUCAGAGAAAGACUGGAUGUCUAUUCCAAAAUGCUGGGGGAACUCAGCAGGUCAGGCAUCAUCUGUGGAGAGGAAUAAACAGUCAACGUUUCAAGCCAAGACCCUUCAUCAGGAUUGGUGAUGACAGGACAUCAGUCUCAAUGAAAGAUCUUGGCCUGAAACAUCAACUGUAUAUUCCCCGCCAUAGGUGCUGCCUGGCCUGCUGAAUUCCUCCAGCAUUUUGUGUGUGUUGCUCUGGAUUUCCAGCGUCUGCAGAACCUCUUGUGUUUACGAGACUGCCAAUCCUGCCUACCUUGCUGUCCUUUGUCACAUCCAGUAUCCUUCCCCGACCCUCCCUGUCACCCACCCCUCCUCCCAAGGAGAACACUGGGACCCUCUUAAACAUGAGGUUCUGCAGCCCAGAUGUGCUGAGUUCCUGCAGCAUCCUGUGCGUGUUGCUCUGGGAACCGACCGCCCCUUUUCAUUAAGGCCUGUCUCCCUCCUCGAACCAGGAACUACACCAAGGAACAGAAGUUCAGACUGGGUUGGUGGAGGGCAGAAAAGAAAACACUCCCAUCCAUCUGACAUGUAACAGAUUCCAGGCUGACACUGCCCAGUAACUUCCUUUGCUCUUGAAGCAGAUGGCAGGGGCUGUGUGUAACCAGUCGUGCUUUGAAUGUCUGUCACUUGCAAUGUCUUCAACUUCCUCCCCCACCCAAUCCUCAGACUCCUGGGAAAAAUCCAAAUAAAUCCUAAAAUACAUGCCCCCACCUUCCCACUCCACAAUGCCAUUAACCACCCAUCUGACACCAAAUGAGCUGCCAGGGGUGUAGCGGGGUGGUGACCCACAAGCAUUUCCCUGUGCUCUUCCUCCAAGACCUGAGAUAAAUUUCUGAUGGCUUGAUUGCUUUAACCAACUUGCUUUUAGAGAAGGUUUAGCAAAAUCUGUUUUAUUAGAAAGGAAAUGUGAGAAAACUCCAGACCAAAUGCACAAGGACUGUUAUUUAAAAUAUACGCAGUCAUGUCAGUGUUUGAGAAACAUGUAUCUCUCUCUUUCUCUCUUGCUCUCUCUUUCUCUCGUUUGUCAUUAAUACUACACUGUUAAGCCUAGUCCCUUGACUGUGGUCUUCCCAAACACCUUUAGCACAUUAAUCCCUUUCUCCUCUCCCCCACCCCCCUUGUUUCGUGUUAGAAUUUUGGUUUUGAGCGGAUUAAUGUAUCUUCCCCCCCCCCCACUUUAUUUCUAGACUGAUCAGGAAAAUAAAAGUUCUUUAACCUGUCUUUUAUUUGUUUGGUGUCGGAAGGGGUUGAUGCGGGAGAAACUUUGGUUUAUUUAACAUGAGAUCGAUAAAUUAAGGAGAGAGGGGAUUAAAAAAAACAAAGGUUCUAUUUUCUAAAUGAAGUAGUGGGUUCUUUGUAUUAAGAACAACCGAAACAUACUGAGUUCACGGGAAAACCACGUGGUUUGUUAAGGAAAAAAAAAGAGGAGAUUUGUAUCAUUUCAGUUACUGACUUGUCUGAAUGUGUAUCCGUAUAAGUGACAUGGAUCCCCUACAACAUAUUUAUUAAAAAAAUCCAAACAAAGCAAAAAAACUGAAACGCUGCUUGCCUUGUUGCUGCUCUGGUGCCUUUGUCUUUGCCUCUUGUGUCUUCCUUCAGGCUCUCACCUUGCCCGGGGCGAGGAGAGGGACCUCGUGUUCUCCCACAGGCUCCUCCGCAGAGGAGCAGUCGCAACCGGAGGUGGGUAGGAGGGGAGUGCCGGUAAUCUGUAGGUCCUCUCCUCGUUGAACCUCAGUUCAUCUGCAGCAGCAAGACCUGUUGUAAAGCCCGACUAAAGUUUAUAGUCAUUCAUGUCCACUGCCAAAGAGAACAACGUACCUCUGGGCCAUGGUGCAUAGAUCACACACACAGUAAUAUUAGCACAAAUAAUAAGGUGCAGUUUUACCACAGAAAUUUAAAAGUAAACAGUAUAACACUACUCAUAAACAC